ACGAAGACGCACAACAACAUUAAAACGACUGUUUGUGCACUGCAGUGGUCACUCGGCUCCCCAAAAAGUCAUGCCAUGAAGACGAUGGAGAUUGUUUUUCUGCUCAUCUUCUUUCCUUUCACACUUUCAGUGAAACACUCACUGAAGUUUUUCUUCACAACGUCCUCUGGAGUCAAAAACUUCCCAGAUUUUGUGGUUGUUGGGUUGGUUGAUGAAGUUCCACUGGGUUACUGUGACAGCAUCAGUAAGAAAGUAGAAGUCAAACAGGACUGGGCAAAGAAACUUAUAGAAGAUGAUCCACAACAUUUGGAGUGGUACACUCAGAGGUGUUUGUCAAGCCAAUACAAAUACAAAGCUGACAUCAACACUCUGAAGCAGCAACUGAACCAAACUGAACGUGUCCACAUCUUCCAGAGGAUGAAUGGCUGUGAAUGGGAUGAUGAGACUGGAGAGGUUAAUGGUUUUCUUCGGUUUGGUUAUGAUGGAGAAGACUUCUUAGCAUUUGACCUGAACACACUGACAUGGAACGCUUCAAAACCACAAGCUGUCAUCACCAGAUACAGGCGAGACAGAGAGAGACCCAACAAUGAAAGGUGGAACUACUUCCUCACCGAGCAGUGCCCUGAGUUAGUGAAGAGAUAUUUGGACUACGGGAAUAGUACUCUACUGAGAACAGACCUUCCCUCAGUGUCUCUCCUCCAGAAGACUCCCUCCUCUUCAGUCAGCUGCCACGCUACAGGUUUCUACCCUCACAGAGCCGAGAUGUUCUGGAGGAAAGAUGGAGAGGAGCUUCAUGAGGACGUGGAACACGGAGAGAUCCUCCCCAACCAUGAUGGAUCCUUCCAGAUGAGUGUUGACCUGAACCUUUCAUCAGUCACACCUGAAGACUGGAGGAGGUACGAAUGUGUGUUUCAUCUCUCUGGUGUGAAGGACGACAUCGUCACCAAACUGGACAAAGCAGUGAUCAGAACCAACUGUGUUUCUCCCUCAGAGUUCCCUGCUGGUCGUGUUAUUGGAGGUGUUGUAGGACUGCUGCUGCUCCUGGCAGUCUGCAUCACUGGAGUCUUCAUCUGGAGAAGGAGAGAUAAUGGAUUCAGGCCUGCAAACUUGAAACACUCCUUGACAUAUUUUCUGACUGGAUCCUCUGGACUCCAAACCUUCCCAGAGUUUGUGGCUGUUUUAAUGGUUGAUGAAGUUCAGUCGGGUUACUGUGACAGCAACAGCAAGAGAGCAGAACCCAAACAGGACUGGGCAAAAAAAAUAAUCAAAGAUGAUCCUCAGCUGUUGGAGGUUUACACUCGGACCUGUGUGUUUCUCCAUAUGAUUCUAAAAAUUGACAUUGUCGAACUGAAUCAGCGCUUUAACCAAACCAGAGGUGUCCAUAUUGUCCAGGUUAUGGCUGGCUGUGAAUGGGACGAUGAGACUAAAGAGAUUACCGGUUUUGUUCAGGUUGGUUAUGAUAGAGAAGACUUCUUAGUAUUUGACCUGAAGACAAUGAGAUGGAUCGCUUCCAAACCACAAGCUGUCAUUAUUGAACGCAGGUGGGAGAGUUACAACAUUGGAUUAAACCACAUUAAGGACUUCCUCACCAAUAUUUGCCCUCAGGGGAUGAACAUGAGUCUGGACUAUGGGAAGAACUCUCUCAUGAGAACAGAGCUUCCCUCAGUGUCUCUCCUCCAGAAGACUCUCUCCUCUCCAGUCAGCUGCUUCGCUACAGGUUUCUACCCUCACAGAGCCGAUAUGUUCUGGAGGACAGAUGGAGAGGAGCUUCAUGAGGAACGUGGAGAGAUCCUCCCCAACCAUGAUGGAUCCUUCCAGUUGAGUGUUGACCUGAACGUUUCAUCAGUCUCACCUGAUGACUGGAAGAAGUACGAAUGUGUGUUUCAUCUCUCUGGUGUAAGGGACGACAUCAUCACCAAACUGGACAAAGCUGUGAUCAGAAGCAACUGGGAGAUACUUACAGAUAUGACCAUCCCCAUCAUUGCAGUGGUUGCUCUUGCUGUCAUCCUCAUAGCUGCUGCUGGAUUCAUGUUUUACAAAAAGAAGAAAGCUCCUGACAACAUCUCUGAGCUCUCUGAGCAACUGAAUCCAGAAGCCUGAGUACAGUGAGAGACUUCAUGUGGUACCAAGAAAAAUGAAAGACUAUUACUCACACUUCUAGUUAACUAAAGCUGCUCAAUAGUGUACACAAAAUACAAAUUGUUUCCUCAUUCAGUGUUAAACUUCUAGAUCACAUUUUAGCUGAAAAAAAAACAACAAUUCUUCAACUAAUGAUGACAGUAGUACAUUAAAGGCAUAGUAAAUAAAUUAAGGCUUUGGUCACUAAUAUGUUCCAAAAUGUGAUAUUUUAGAUCUUAAUCAAUCAAUCAAUCAAAUGUGCAUUUUUAUGAUUGUAUUUUAUGCCUCAUUAAUCCAUGGAGACUAAAGUUUUCACAUAAUAUUGUUGUCUGCCCGAAUAUAUACACUUAUAUUUUAUAUUUGUACUUUUAUAUGUUUUUAUUGUAAGCUUGUAAUCUAUAUUUUGAAAUGGGUUUAAUAAUCCGAUCAAUUUCUCAACUUUUUAUAAAUUUUAUAAUUUUUUUUUAAUACAUUUUUAUAAAUAUUUUAUAAAUGUUCUCAAUUCUGUCUGUUAUUUUACAUUGGCACAAUGUCUCUGUUUGGUUUCUCAGCAUGCAAACAUUAUUGAUUAUCCUUCCUAAUGUGUUAGAAAAGGGUUUACAUAUUUAGUGUUCAUGUGUCAAUUUUGACCCAUGUUUGAAUUACAUGGCACUGAAAAAAAACACUAAUUAUCAUCCAGUAAAAUGUUUUACCUGCUAAGUGACUUAUUAUUCAUCAAUAACCAUAAUAUAUAUAUACUUUGGUAUUUUAUGUACCUGAGGCAACAUUUAACUUAACAAAUUGUUUUUAAUUUAAAAUAGGCACAAUUUAUCUGUUUUAUCGUUUGUGAUGAACAGAACAGGCAAAUAAGGCCACGAGAUGAUGCAAUAAUAAACAAAAUAAUUCCCUAAAUAA